AUGUCAGCUCUCAAAGGCGCCACAGUACCAAUCUACUUCGGUCCAUUUGUGGUCACACCUCAGGUCUUCUACACAACCCCCUUAACCUUCGCCCUAGUAAACCUGAAACCAAUCCUCCCAGGCCAUGUCCUAGUCUCCCCACGGCGCGUCGUCCCCCGCGUCAAAGACCUCACGCCCGCCGAAACAAGCGACCUCUUCCUAACGGUGCGGCGAGUAGGCCGCAUGGUCGAGCGCGUAUAUGGUGCUACGAGCUUGAACAUUGCUGUUCAGGACGGCGCGCACGCUGGUCAGAGCGUGCCGCAUGUUCAUGCCCAUAUCAUCCCGCGUAAGGCGGCGGAUCUGGAUCAUGCCGGUGGCACGGAUGCAGUUUAUGACUUGCUUGAUGGGGAUGAGGGGGAUUUGGGGAGGGUAUUUAAGAAUGCCAUCCCAGCAGAAAGGGGUCGCCAGUCAACUGAGCCUGGGAAUGAAAGUCCUGCGAAUUUGGGGAGGAGGUCUAGGUUCCCAGUUGUAGAUAAUGACGCACGCAAACCUCGUGAUGAGGAGGAUAUGAUGGCCGAGGCUGAGAUGUUGGCACGGGAGAUGGAGAACGAGCCUCUUGAUUAA